CUUUCCCAGCUAAGCUCCCAGACUGCACUAUGGAUUUCCAAGAGCAACAAAAUAUGGAUAAAUCUCCAGAAUUGGUGUCAUUUGAGGAUGUGGCUGUGGACUUCACCUCAGAGGAGUGGAGGGACUUGAAUGAUGCUCAGAAGACUUUGUACAGGGAUGUGAUGCUGGAGAACUAUGGCAGCCUUGUUUCAUUGGGGCACUGCAUUAGUAAACCUGACAUGAUCCUCAACUUAGAGAAAGGAGCAGAGCCAUGGAUGAUAGAAGAACACCCAAACCAGAGCCUCCCAGAUGUCCAGGUAAUCAUUGACCUAAUUGAGAGGAGCCAAGAAAGUCAUGGUAGAUGCUUGUUGCAAGGUGUAAUAAUCAAUGGCAACCAAUCAACUGAGGAGAGAGUGGAGUUAGGAAAAUCAUUUAAUUUGGGUUCAAUGUAUAUUUUAAGUUUGGGUAUAAAUAAUGGAAACUAUUCAGGAGUGGGGCAUGAGGAGUUUAACAUAUGUCAGAAUGCACUUCUUCCAGAGACUGAUGCCAUGCAUGCUGGAGAGAGACCUGAUGAGCACAAUAUAUGUGAGAAAUCACAGAGACAUCAGGAGCAUCUUAUUCAGCAUCACAAGAUUCCAACUGGGCAACUUUUUGAAUAUAGUGGAAAAGGAAAAUCCUCCAACACAGUGCCAAUUUUAUCUACAUAUAAGAAGAUUCAUAUGGGUGAGACCACCUGUAAAUAUAGUGAAUAUGGGAAUGCCUGUAAUAAGUCAGCUGUCAUUGCCCAAGAGAUAACUCAGGUAGAGAAGAAAGCUUUUCACUAUGAUGUAUGUGGGAAAAUGUUCUAUAAAAAGGCUAAAUUUACUCAGCAUAAGAUUAUACAGACAGGAGAGAAUUAUGAAAAAUGCAGCGAAUGUCAGAAAUCUUUUAUUAAGAAAUCAUACCUUAUCCCAUAUCAAGGAACAUCUUCAGGGAAGAAGCUUUAUCUGUAUAACAAACAGGAGAAAUUUUUCUAUCAUAAUUCAGGGGAAAUAUCCUAUGGAUUUAUUAAGUAUGGCAAAAAUUUUCAUGAGAAUUCACAUCUCAACUGUCAUCAGGCAGUUGACGCAAAUGGAAAAUCAUGUGAAUGUAAUGGAUGUAGAAAAUCUUUCUACCAUAAUCCUUCCCUGACUGUACAUCAGAGGGUUCACAUGAGUGAAAAUCUAUAUGAUUGUGAAGAAAGUCAAAUUUUCUCCAGUAAGUCAAAACUCAAGGAACAUGAGAGAAUUCACAUUGAUGAGAAUCCCUGUGACUGUAACACAUGUGGAAAAACCUUUCACGAGAAUUCAAACUUCAGCAAGCAUAAGAGAAUUUAUAGGGAAUGUGGAAAAGGUUUUAACCAAAAGUCACACCUGAAGAGACAUGAGAGAAUUCACCCAGGAGAGAAACCAUAUGAAUGUAAAGAAUGUGGGAAAGCUUUUAAUCGAAAGUCAGCCCUUAACAAGCAUCAAAGAAUUUACAAAAUUGAGACACCAUAUGAAUGUAAGGAAUAUUCAAAUGCUCUUAAUGAAAAGUUGAUCCUCAGUAGGCAUCAGAGAAUUCAGGCAGGCAAGAAACCAUAUGAAUGUAAGGAAUGUGGAAAAGGUUUUAACCAAAAGUCGAUACUCAGCAUCCAUCAGAGAGUUCACACAGGUGAGAAACCAUAUGAAUGUAAAGAGUGUGGAAAAGCUUUUAACCAGAAGUCCAUCCUCAGUAAGCAUCAGAGAAUUCACACAGGUGAGAAACCAUAUGAAUGUAAAGAGUGUGGAAAAGCUUUUAAUCAAAAGUCAGACCUCAGCAUGCAUCAGAGAAUUCACACAGGCGAGAAGCCAUAUGAAUGUAAAGAAUGUGGAAAAGCUUUUAACCAAAAGUCACACCUCAGCAUCCAUCAGAGAAUUCACACAGGUGAAAAACCAUAUGAAUGUACAGAAUGUGGAAAAGCUUUUAACCAAAAGUCACACCUCAGCAUCCAUCAGAGAAUUCACACAGGUGAAAAGCCAUAUGAAUGUAAAGAAUGUGGAAAAGUGUUUAACCAAAAGUCACACCUCAGCAUCCAUCAGAUAACUCACACAGGUGAGAAACCGUAUGAAUGUAAAGAAUGCGGAAACACUUUCAACCGAAAGUCAAGCCUCAGCAUCCAUCAGAGAAUUCACACAGACGAGAAACCAUAUGAAUGUGGAGAAUGUGGAAAAGCUUAUAUGCGAAAGUCAUUCCUCAGCAUGCAUCAGAGAAUUCACACAGGUGAGAAACCAUAUGAAUGUAAAGAAUGUGGGAAAGCUUUUAACCAAAACUCAUCCCUCAACAAGCAUCAGAGAAUUCACAAAAGUGAAUCAUAUGAAUGUAAAGAAUGUUCAAAAGCUUUUAAUGAAAAGCCAAACCUCAGCAUCCAUCAGAGAAUUCACAGAAGUGAGGAAAGCAUAUAAAUGUAAAGAAUGCAGAAAAGCUUUUAACCAAAAGUCAGUUUA